AUGUCAGAUUACCCAGAGUACAGAAGUAGGUCGCGGUCACCAAGUCGCCGCAGGCUCAGUGUAGACGAUGGCAUGAGAGCGCCUAGAGGGGGUUAUGGAGAUGCUCCAAGGGGUCGGGAUCGUAGGUAUGAAGAUUACAGAGGCGAUUUUCGCCGUGGUGGAUAUGGUGGUCGCAGAGGAAGCAGUAGAGGUAGAGGAUUUGGCGGCUACAGAGGGUAUGGUGCACCACCACCACGGAUGGGUGGUAGAGGAUUUGGUAGACGCGGUGGCUACGGUCAUAGACCAAGAGGCGGACCGAUGAUGGCCAGAGAAAUGGAACCUCCUUAUGAGGAAAAAAUAGAUAGAAACUAUGAUAACAGUAUUUUCAUUGGUAAUCUAUCUUUCGAUGCUACACCCGAAGAUUUGCAUGAUUUCUUUGGGCAAGCUGGAGAAGUUCUAAGAGCCGAUAUUAUCACGAGUAGAGGCCGCCAUAGAGGUAUGGGUACAGUCGAAUUCACAAGUCCAGAAGGUGUUGAUAAUGCGAUUCGUGACUUUAAUGGUGUAGAAUUUAUGGGUAGACCUCUAUUUGUCAGACAAGAUAACCCUCCACCAGAACCAAUGGAAUCACUUCCACCAAUGAGAGAAAGAUUCAACGAUUAUCCACCAGAAGGCAGGCCUCCAAUGUUUGAAGUCUUUAUCGUCAACUUACCAUAUUCCAUGACUUGGCAAACUUUAAAGGAUUUAUUCAGAGAAGCGGGUGAUGUUAUACGUGCUGAUAUUGAAUUAGAUCGUAAUGGAUUCUCCAGAGGAUUUGGUACAGUGUUUUAUGGUACUCAAGAAGAAAUGUUCAAUGCUAUCGAAAGAUUCAAUGGGUUUGAUGUUGACGGUAGAAUUCUUCAAGUAAGAGAGGGUAAAAACUCUACGGGCUACCAAGCACCAUACCAGGCCCCUCCUCCCCCACAGGAACAAGAGAUAGAAAUGGAACCUCCAACUGGCCCAUCUCAAUUUACUGAGAACGUCGUGGGUGGUGGUGAGAGAAGCACCCUAAUCUAUUGCAGUAAUCUACCCCUGACAACAGCUACUGGUGAUCUUUAUGAUCUAUUUGAGACUAUAGGAAGGGUAAGACAUGCUGAGCUUAAAUUUGAUGAAUCUGGAGCUCCAACAGGUAUUGCGGUGAUAGAAUAUGAAAAUGUCGAGGACGCUGACUUUUGCAUUCAAAGAUUAAACAAUUACAAUUAUGGUGGUUGUGAUUUAGACAUAUCAUACGCCAAAUAUUUGUGA